AUGAAUUGGUUGGUUAUAUUUAGACGUGAGAUGAUGGUUUUUUCCUUAUAUUGGGUUUAUUUGUUUGCGAUUUUACUGGAAUGCAAGGCCAACGCUCAGAAUAUAUUGGAUUAUUGUGUAGAUUCUGGUUUAAAGAGCAGCAAACACCAAAGUUUGAUUCAGAAUUUUGUUUUAAGGCUUGACGUGGUAAAUAAUGUAUCAGAGUAUGAAAAUGAGAUUUUGAAAGACUUAUCAGAAGAGUACGUUCCUUUCAUGGAUGAGGAGUAUCUUGAGGAAGUUGCAAAAUUUUUGUUUCACAGAAAUGAAGUAGUGAUAGACUACUUUUGGGAUUCAAUGAUGGAGUCUUUACCUCCAAGUUGGCAUGUAUAUGGGACGAGACCAAUACAAGCUUCAGUGAUAAAGACCAGAUUUAUGGAGUCUUGCGCCAGCAAUAUAUAUAGUUUGUUUAGGGACGGAAAAAUAGAAAAGUUUCACACUAUGAUUUCAAAUUUAAAGGAUGCAAGGUACCUUACUUUGGGUAAAGUGAAUGAAAUUUGCAGGAAUAUUAAGGAAAGAAUUGAGAGUUUUGGAUUCGAGUUAAAAUCUGGGGUUCAAGCAAGUGGAAGGUCCAGCUUACCAGCAUACUAUAGAUGCUCAGAGAUUUACAGUGAUGAGCUAGCCGAUGUUCUCAUUCUUGUUUUGGAUAAGAAGAUCCCGAAGCUUGAUAUUUCUAAACUCAAAAUUUGUACAUUAGUCAAUGUAAUUAUUAGAGACUCUCAUACAUUCAGGGAAUCUUGCUAUGGAGUUUUAUCUUUUGGUUUAAAAGGAUAUCUUCCUAUUGAAAAAGAUAAUAGUGAUGAUUUGUUAUUUGUAUGUAGUGUUAUGGAUAAUAUUAGAAAAUUCACGCAACUAUUUUCCCAAAAGCCAAUCCAACUCUCAGGAAAAGGAAUUAAAAGUGUAAUAGUAAAAAGUCUACUGAAGAUUUAUCCUAACAUAGAACUGACUAAUAUAGGAAUGGAAAUGGUUGAAUUAAUGAAAAUUCAAGAACAUAGAUUUAUAGAAAGCUGUAUGAACUUUUCAGAAACUUUAUUCGCUUUACAAGGGUUUAAAAGAAUUACAAAGAAUGUCUUAAAACAGAAUAAUGACGGUAUACUUGAUUCAAAUGAGGAUGAAAUCAACGAUAUUCAGAUCUAUCCUGUUGAGGGGCAUCUUAAGGACCUCAGGAAAAAACUUUUGCUAACUUGUUCUGGGAUUCACAUGUAUUUAUUUGAGACCAAACCAAAAGGAGUAUCUUUUACAAAGUUAAGAAACUCGAGGAUUAUUACUAGUGAAGAUUUUUCGAAGAUUUCAAAAUCUAAACUAUUAAUUUUAGACUCUUGUAAGAAUGAAUAUGUAAUGGUCUUGGGUAAAUACACAAUAACCCAAGAUACCUUGUCUGAGAUAAUUCUCUCAGCCAUUUUACACUCUUCAAAUAAAUCAAUGAGCUCCAGCAUCCUUCAUAAUGGUGUUACUAAGGAACAAAUUUGCAAUAUUUCAAGUAAAAUUAUUAAUUUAUUGGGCAAAAAUUUCCUCACAUCUCCCAAAUUUGAAGAGACUGGUUUUAUGAGCAGUUGUAAACAGAUAAUCAUUGAUUGGGCUCUACAUCAAUCACUCACAACCCCAUUAAACUCUACACUCAGAAAGUCUAUCAUCAAGCUUUGCAGUAUCGUGACAAAGUCCCUAAUCUUAAUCUCUGAAACACGCAAAUCACAAUCAGGCCUUGACGAAACAAAUCAGGAUGACGAUGAACUUACAUCUAGUGAAUAUAUAAGUGAAGAAACAUAG